AGAAGUUAGCACUGGUCUGCCAGUCUGGUCCGUAGCCACGAUGGACGCAUUACUAUGCCUCUCGCUCGUCCUUCUCCUCGGCACUAGGAUACAGGAAAAUAGCGCCCUCCAGUGUUACUGUGACCGCUGCAGCGCCAAUUCCAGCUGCACGACAGACGGUGUCUGUUUCGUCGCUAUCCGCAAGCUGAGCAGUCGACCCAUCACGGAGCAGCGUCAGUGCAUACACGAAUACGAACUGAUCCCACGAGACCGGCCCUUCAUCUGCGCGCCGUCAGUCAAAGAUGACACCAGCAUUUACCCCAUGUGUUGCACCACGGACUACUGCAACAAAGAGCCCAACAUCGAGAUCCCUGUCCCCACGACGAAGCCUUCUCCUCUGGGCCCCGUGGCCCUUGCAGCGGUGAUCGCGGGCCCUGUGUGUGUGCUCUGCCUGCUGCUUGUUGUGGCCUUUUAUGUGUGUCACAGCCACAGGGGCCUGGGAGCCGGGGGCGCCGGUGCCCACCAUCACCACCACCACCGAGUGCCCAAUGAAGAGGACCCCUCCAUGGAUCAUCCCUUCAUCACUGUCGGAACAACACUGAAGGACCUUAUCUAUGAUAUGACCACCUCUGGAUCUGGAUCAGGUCUGCCGCUGCUGGUGCAGAGGACCAUCGCCAGGACCAUCAUCCUCCAGGAGAGCAUUGGUAAAGGCCGUUUCGGGGAGGUGUGGAGGGGCAAGUGGCGUGGUGAGGAGGUGGCAGUGAAGAUCUUUUCAUCCCGGGAGGAGCGCUCCUGGUUCCGCGAGGCUGAGAUCUACCAGACCGUGAUGCUGAGACAUGAGAACAUCCUGGGCUUCAUUGCCGCGGACAACAAAGAUAACGGGACGUGGACUCAGCUGUGGCUGGUGUCGGACUACCACGAACACGGCUCUCUGUUUGAUUACCUGAAUCGCUACACCGUCACCGUGGAGGGCAUGAUCAAACUGUCGCUGUCCACAGCCAGCGGCCUCGCUCACCUGCACAUGGAGAUAGUCGGCACACAAGGUAAGCCCGCUAUCGCCCACAGAGACCUGAAGUCAAAGAACAUCCUGGUGAAGAAGAACGGGACGUGCUGCAUCGCUGACCUGGGUCUAGCUGUCCGACACGACUCUGCCACCGACACCAUCGACAUCGCUCCAAACCACAGAGUGGGAACCAAAAGGUACAUGGCUCCAGAGGUCCUGGACGACUCCAUAAACAUGAAGCACUUUGAGUCUUUUAAGCGAGCGGACAUCUAUGCCAUGGGUCUGGUCUUCUGGGAGAUCGCCAGCCGCUGUUCUAUGGGAGGCAUCCAUGAGGACUACCAGCUGCCCUACUAUGACCUGGUCCAGUCUGAUCCAUCAGUGGAGGAGAUGAGGAAGGUGGUUUGUGAGCAGAAGCUUCGGCCCAACAUUCCCAACCGCUGGCAGAGCUGUGAGGCUCUGCGUGUGAUGGCAAAGAUAAUGAGGGAGUGUUGGUACGCCAACGGCGCCGCCCGACUCACCGCGCUGCGAAUCAAGAAAACUCUGUCCCAGCUGAGCCAACAGGAGGGAAUCCAGAUGUAG